AAAAGGUGACUUGGGGCUGCGGCUAAAUCACAGAUGAAUAUUAUUCAUUCAGAAAAUUAUUGGAAUAUUUUAGAAUUUCACGGUUCACUGGAGUGUGUGACAAAUUAUUUACGACAGGUGACACCCGAUAUCUUGUGUAUCAAUGGUCUGAUCAAGCUUAGUGUUCGCGCUAGAGUAUAUUUUACCAUCAACCAUGGAUAUCCAUUCGGAGGCUGCUACUGUGGAGAUCCAGGAGUCUCUCCUCUACUCAGCCAGGCAUGGAGAGCUGUCUAUCGUCAAGGCUCUGCUGGAGGCCAAUCGUGAAGGGAAGUUGACAAUGGACAUAAAUUGCAAAGGCAAAAACAAAAGCAACUUAGGAUGGUCUCCGCUACACUUGGCAUCGUAUUUCGGCCACGUGGAAGUGGUGAGGGCUCUCCUGGAGGCCGGUGCAAACGUAGAUGCAAUCAAUGACACAGGAGACACACCGUUGCAUAAAGCAUGCUUCACUGGAAAUGAGGAGCUAGUGAUCCUCCUCCUAAAAUACAAAGCGGACGUCCACAUCAUGAACGGCGAGGGCCGGACUGCGGGUGACAUGUGCCGAUCACGUGACGUCAGGCGGCUGGUCGAUGCAGCGCAGCGGGCAGAGAGGCUUGAGAGAGAGCAGCGACUGUUGACAGCGGCCAAGGAAGGAAAGAUUGAGGAGAUACAGGAAUUGCUAAGCAGCCCCAACCCGCCAAACAUCAACUGCGUGGACGCGCAAGGCAACUCGUGCCUGCACUGCGCCGCGUACAGGGGCCACACAAGGCUGGCUGUACUCCUGCUGCAAAAUGGCGUCGAUACUACGCUCAGGAACAACUGUGGCCAGUUAGCCAUAGAGAUAUCCAAAGACAACGACGUGCGCGAAGUUCUCAACGUGAGACCAGUGCAAAGGUUGCAGCGCACAGCAGCCCGGUUUGAGGGCCCGCUGCUCAAGCGAUCACGGUUCCUGGGCUGGCGACCGGUCUGGACAUAA